ACCCAUCAAAUUUUUCUUCAAUUCCUCUCUUAACAAGAAAAGCACAAUCUCCACUUACAUAAAUCUCUCUUCACCCUUCACUCUUCACUCUUCAUCCUCACCAACUGAUUCACCUUUCUUCAAAUGAAACCCUCCCACUCAGCCUUCUGAGUUUUUUUUUUUUCAACCAAGAAAAGAAAUAGUUCUCUUCAAUCAUGAGAGCAGGGCUUUGUGCUGUGCCUCAGGCUCUUACAGCUGAGGCUGCUGGCAUUGUGAAGCAAGCUGUGAGUCUUGCCAGGCGGCGAGGCCACGCCCAAGUCACGCCUCUUCAUGUUGCGAGCGCCAUGCUUGCUUCUCCUGCCGGUCUUCUUCGAAGAGCGUGUUUACAAUCGCAUUCUCACCCUCUUCAGUGUAAGGCGUUAGAGCUUUGCUUUAAUGUUGCACUCAAUCGCCUUCCGGCCUCGACUUCAAGCCCUCUUCUCGGCCCUCACUCUCCCCGCCCUUCCCUUUCCAACGCCCUCGUCGCCGCUUUCAAGCGCGCACAAGCUCACCAACGCCGUGGCUCUAUUGAAAACCAGCAACAACCCAUCUUAGCUUUGAAAAUUGAGAUAGAACAGCUCAUUAUCUCCAUCUUAGACGACCCAAGUGUCAGUAGAGUCAUGAGAGAAGCUGGUUUUUCCAGUAGUCAAGUCAAAACCAAGGUAGAAGAAGAUGUUUCUUUGGAUAUUUGUUCUCAAAGUCCACCUGCCAGUAGCCUGCAGCCUAAAGAUAACACAAAACUUCCUCAAAUCCUUGGUCCUAGCUCGUCUCAAUCCUUAUCCUUUUCUCAGUUUGGAGUCAUGAAACCCAUCAAAACUCUUCACGAUGAAGCUAGAAACGAUGAUGUUAUGAGUGUUUUGUGUACAUUAGUUAACAAAAGAAGAAACACAGUGAUUGUGGGGACUUGUUUAGCCAGUAGUGAGGGAAUAAUUAGAGGGGUAGUGGAGAAAUUUGAGAGAGGACAGGUUCCUGGUGAUUUGAGAUAUGCACAGUUUAUUAGUCUUCCACUUUUCUCUUUUAGAAAUUCCUCUAAGGAAGAGGUGGAACAGAAGCUGGUGGAGCUUAGGUGUCAUGUGAAAAGUUACAUAGGUAGAGGGGUGGUUUUGUAUUUGGGUGAUCUCAAAUGGGUGGCUGAGUUUUGGUCAACUUAUGGUGAACAAAGAAGAAACUACUAUUCUUCUGUGGAGUUCGUAAUCAUGGAGCUUAAAAGAUUGGUGUGUGAGACCAGAGAAAGUGAAAGAGUUUGGCUUUUGGGGAUCGCAACUUUUCAGACUUACAUGAGAUGCAAAACAGGCCAUCCUUCUCUUGAAACCAUGUGGGAAUUUCAUCCCUUAACUAUUCCUGGUGGAAGCUUGAGUUUAAGUCUCAAUCUUGAAAGUGAUUCUCCAAGAACAAAGGCACAGAGAGAUGGCUUUGCUUGGCCACUCUUUGAAGGUGGUGUUGAUAAUCAUUUUUAUUCCAGUUGCUCACCCAGUUUCAACAGGGAAUCUCAAAAGAAAGACUCCAACAACGCCAUCACUGUCGCCGCUAACUCAACUUUGCCUUCAUGGCUCCGGCAAUACAAGGAAGAAAGCCGAAAAAACGCCAUUAACGAUCAGGAAUGUGUUAAUAGUCCAGUCCAGAAACGUAACAAGUACCCAGAGAAAGUCCUUGAUUUUUCUUCCUCAUCGCCUUCCUCCGUUUCAAUUUCUUCGUGGCCACUCAUUUCCGAGCCCAAACGGGUGCCGAAAGAGCACCAGUUCUGGGUAUCAGAAGCCUGUGAAGAAGGCUGCGAAAGCAGCUUGAGAAACCACCCAAAACCAGACCUUUUAUCCAAUCCUAACUCCAGCCCAAACUCGGCUUCUUCAAGUGAGCUUGUAGUAGAGGAAGAUAAUGAUGGCCUCAACAGGUUCAAGGCUCUUAACGACGAGAACUUGAAGAUCCUUUGUGACGCCCUGGAGAGAAAAGUUCCAUGGCAGAAAGAAAUAGUUCAAGAAAUCGCAACUACCAUUCUUCAAUGCAGGUCGAAACAAAACAACUCGAAAGAGUGUUGCAGAGACGGUAAAGAAGAAACUUGGUUGUUGUUUUCAGGAGCUGAUUCUCAGGCCAAAGAAAGGCUCUCCAGGGAGAUUGCUAAAAUUGUUUUUGGCUCUCAAAACAAUUUCACUUCAAUCGGGCUGAGCAAUUUCUCAACUUCCAGGACUCAAAACAAAAGGGCAAGAGAUGAAAUGGGGUGCACCUAUUUGGAGAGAUUUGGAUUGGCAUUAAACGAGAAUCCUCAUCGUGUGUUCUUCAUGGAGGAUAUUGAACAAGUUGAUAAUUUCUCUCAAAAGGGUCUCAAGCAAGCCAUUGAAACCGGAAACAUAACUCUUCCUGGUGGUGAAAUCUUUCCACUGAAAGACUCCAUCAUCGUUUUCAGUUGCGAUAGCUUGAAGAUCAUGAGUCCAUUUCCAAAAGCAAGUUCUUCUCCAAGUAAAAAGCCAAAGGAUGAUCACUAUGAGGAUAGUGAGAAUAACAACUUGAAGGAGAAAAGCUCAACUGUCUCGCUAGAUUUAAACAUUGCCAUUAACGUUGAAGAUCAAGAUCACAAUGAUGAAGUUUGUGACAUAGUUAGUCUUCUAGAGUCUCUGGAUAGGCAAAUCAUCUUCAAAAUUCAAGAAUUGUCAUAAAGAGCACGAGUUUGUGACAUGUAGUUCAUUAUUUUACUUGUUUUUUUUUUCCUUUUUUUCGUGGGGAUUUUUUUGUUUUUGGGUUGUAGAUCACUAUAUGUGUGUGGAGAAGGGGGGGUAAAGAGUUAAUGCAAAACUAACAGGGGCCGGAAAAAAUUGGUAUACUUAGAGAAAAAAAAAAUGCAUGAUUCAGGGUGGGGGGUUACAGUUAAUUUAACUGUUCAGUAAUGUGUAUAUUUUAAUUAGUGUAAUCUUUUUAUCUCAAUGUUGCUUUUGUAAUAUUAAGUAAUAUUAGUUCUGUACUUCUGUUUAU